AUGGGCAACUGCUGCUUUGGCUUCAAGGAACGGCUGAUGCGCCGGCUGAGCCCGCUGCCCACUCUGCUGAUCAUCCGCUCCUUCAUGCCUCAGAGAAGAUGCAAAGAUUACCGCGUGGUGGUGCUCGGCUCCGUGGGCGUGGGCAAGAGCGCGCUGGUGCAGAGGUGGGUGCGCGGCACCUUCCGUGACAACUACCUGCCGACCAUCGAAGACACCUACCGCCAGGUGAUGAGCUGCAACAACAACGUGGGCGCGCUCCACAUCACCGACACUACUGGCAGUCACCGCUACCCUGGCCUGAAGCGCCUGGCUGUCUCCAAGGGCCACGCCUUCGUCCUCGUCUACUCCGUCACCAAGAAGGAGAGUCUGGAGGAGCUGAAGGCUGUCUACGAGCUUAUCAGCGAGGUCAAGGGGAGCAGCCUGAGUAAAUGCCCAGUCGUGCUGGUAGGCACCAAGUGCGACGAGCGAAACCGCGAGCUGACCCUCCGGGAUGGCGCCAUCUACGCCCUGGAAUGGAAUUGCGCCUUCGUGGAGACCUCUGCCAAAACCGAUUUCAACGUCAAGGAGCUGUUCUUCAUGCUGCUCAACCACGAAAACAAGCCCGCAGCCUGCCUCCAGCUUCCCAAAAAGAAGUCCAAGAAGACCGAGAAGCUGGUCGGCAAAUGCGUCAUCAUGUGA